AUGUCCACGCUGAAACACUCUAUCAGACAGCAACAAGCACAGCUACAUAAUUUGGAGAAUAUCGUACUUCGUGGACCUAGACCGUUGCCCCCAGAUACUUCCGACAUAAUGCUUUCUUCACCACCUCCACCUUCCUCAUUUUCUCCGGUUCCGACGGCAACGAAAGUCAAGCGUCGGUCGAGUUAUGAUGUUCUUCAAGGCAUUGCAGGCCCAGAGUCUAGUCUACCCUUGCCUCGACGGGAUGCAGAGGAGAACGGGAUCCAAGAAGGCGUUCCGAUGUCAUUCGGCGUUGGCCCUAGCAGUCCUACCUCAUUUAAACGUGCAUCGAGUCCAAUGCGCACCCUUAGUCGAAUACCGGUUGCUGCAGUAGGUAAUGCGCGGGCGUUAGCCGACGAAGGUCAACGAUUAUCAUCCUCCACCGCCAGCAAAACAUCCCCCAUCGCUGAGAGCGACCUAUUUGCGUCAACUUCUUCACUCCAACCUCCAUCACCGAACCGACGUGCCUCGUUCACCCCUGCCGGCACGACGAAAGUCCUGGCUGACCUACAGGCAGGGGUCGUCAAUGCGCGCACCGCUCUUGAGAACACCAAGUCACAGCUUCGUUUAUCACAACGAACCGUGGCACAAUUGACACGGCAGACUGAGGAUCUAAAAGAGGCCCGGGAAAGGCUGCGGCUGGAGAACGAGGGGCUUAAUAACGUGGUCGCGAGAAAAGAGAGACUACUGCAGGAAGUCCUAGAGCGCGCACGGAAAGCCGAAGCGGAAGCCACGCAAUUAAAAUCGCAGCUCAAGUCAGAAACAUCCACGUCAAAGAAGACCAUCCGUGAGAUGGAAUCCGCGCUCUCGGAAUCCACCGCUCUGUCGCAAAAGUCCGAGCGAGAGUACAUCACACUCCGGGACAGCAUCAAAGGGCUUGUCUCUGGGUUCAAAUCGGACACGGAGAAGUUGAGAGAGGAGAUGCGGAAGCGGGAAGAGAAGCUGCGUGGGGAUGCGGAGAGUGUGGGGAAGAAGUAUCAGCAGUUGCUGGAAGAGGUGAAGAACGCCGAGAAAACACGUGCGGAACUGAAUGAGCUGAGGGACGAGGACAUAAAGAAAGAGAAGGAGGUGGAGGCGAUGUGGACGGAAGAGGUGAAUCGGAUGAAGGCAGAGGUGGAGAAGCACUCGAAAGGUAGUGAAGAAGCUGGAAAUACGGCCAAGGAAUUGGCCAGCGAACUUGCUCGCCUACGCCGGCUCAUGCAGACAUAUAGAAGGUCCAGCACGCAGUACAUUUCGACUGGACUUGAACCAGAAGAUAUACCUCCCUGA